AUGAAGGGCCUGCUGCUGCCUCUGCUACUACUGACCACCUACACCCUGGGAGCACAAGCAAAGCGCAGGGUGUACUUUCGGGAAGAGUUCGAAGAUGGGGAUGGAUGGACAAAACGUUGGGUACAGUCUAAGCAUCAGCCAGAUUACGGUAAAUUUCAGCUCACUGCAGGAAAAUUUUAUCAAGAUAAAGAAAAGGAUAAAGGUCUCCAGACCAGCGAAGAUGCUAAAUUCUAUGCUCUUUCAACCAGGUUUAAGCCAUUCAGCAAUGAGAAUGAGACCUUGGUGGUUCAGUUUUCAGUAAAACAUGAGCAAGGCAUUGAUUGUGGUGGAGGGUAUGUGAAGCUCUUUCCUGCUACCCUCAAUCAGGAGGAUAUGCAUUCAGAAUCCCAGUAUUACAUCAUGUUUGGCCCGGACAUCUGUGGCUUUGGCAACAACAGAUUACAGGUCAUCCUUUAUCACCAAGGGAAAUACCAUGAGAACAACAAGACUCUCAAGUGUAGGAUCAAUAAAGACACUCACCUAUAUACUCUGAUCCUUCGCCCCAAUGCUACUUAUGAAGUUAAAAUUGACAAUCAGAAAGUAACAACAGGAGAACUGGAAGAUGACUGGGACUUCUUGCCUCCCAGGAAAAUAAAAGACCCCUAUGCCAGGAAACCAAGGAAAUGGGAUGAACGUCUGCAAAUAGAGGAUCCUGGAGAUAAGAAACCUGAGGACUGGGAGGACUUUGAGUUCAUUCCAGACCCAGAAGCCAAGAAGCCAGACGACUGGAAUAAGACAAUGGAUGGGGAAUGGGAAGGGCCCCUGAUCCAGAACCCCAAGUACAAGGGACACUGGAAACCCCGGAUCAUUGACAAUCCCAAUUACCAGGGAGAGUGGAUUCAUCCAGAGAUAGACAACCACAAAUAUAAGCCUGACCCCACCAUUUGUCACUAUCAUAAUAUCAGUGUUCUUGGCCUGGAUCUUUGGCAGGUGAAAUCAGGCAGCAUCUUUGACAAUUUCCUUCUUACAAAUGAUGAAGAGUUUGCUGAAGAGGUUGGAAAUAAGACCUGGGGAUUAAGAAAGGCUGUAGAGCAGCAAUGGAGAGAGCUGUAUGAAGAAAUGGAAAAGAAGAAGGAAGCGGAGGAGGCCAAGAAGAAGAGGGUGAAGAAGCAAGCCCGGGAAGAGGACAUCUGGGGACUUGAUGAGGAUGAGGAGGACAGUGAAGAGGAUUCUGAGGAGGAACCAGAAGACGACAGGCAGCUGCAGCAAGACAGUGCUGAAGGAUCAUCUCUGGGUAAAAGAGAAGUCCAUUUUGACCAGAAGGAUGAACUGUGA